AUGAUGCGGCGCACGCCGUUUACCGGCGGCUGUCUGUUAAGGCGAGCGGCGUCACGGCCACCCCAAUUCGCAGCUUUUCCUUGGAUUUCAUUUCGCCAUCAUGGAUGUUGCGCAAACAAGUUAAAGGCAAGAGCAUCAACACUCGAGGACCGGACUGGCAGCAGGCAAUCCGUGGCGCUGGAGCAUGUGCUGGAGGAGCUGCGGAAAGCCCAAGGAAUUGACAAAUUGGGCCCUGAUGUCGAGGCGGUUGUUUCCGGCCGAGGCAAGCACCUGGGCAUCGCGGUCAGCUGGAGCCUGCGCUGGACAGCUUCUGGCAGCUUCACAGAGGAGAUCCGCGGUCCCCAGCUUACUUUCAAAUGGGGCUACGACGGCCGCAAAGACGGCGGCUGCUGGGAGGAUCUUAUUGUUCUGGAUCCGGAUCUGGCCUUUGCAGUUGUAGUGGACAGUGCGGGGCUAGUCCGAGUUAUGGAGUGUGAUGACCACGAGGCGGUGCUGAUGACGACGUACAUCCGUACAGCUACGCAUAUCAGCAGCGGCGGAAGCGGUAGCACUACUACUGCACGUGGGCGUAAGACGGCGGCGGUAGCACUGACCCAUGGAGCUCCAGGGAGCCCAGCGGCGGAUGAGGUCGUUGCCAUUGGGUUGCGAGUCAGGGGCAGGAAGCUCCGAGUACGAGUGUUUGUACGGCGGCGAGACUGGCGGCUGCUGGGCUUCAACCACCGCAUGUGUGCCGACGUGGAGAUGUGGGAGCUAGGGGAGUGGAAGGAGUGGGCAGAGGGUGUGUCGUACCCCUCGAGUGCGCUACAUAAGGCCUCCAACGGCGGCCAGCACGCUUACCUGACCAACUCAGGAGCAGCGGAACGAGUGGCGCCAUUGCCGCCGCCGCCGCCGCUGCUACUGCUGCAGCCGCCAGAGCCGCUACGGACAUCGCCGCCUCCUCUACCAAGGGUGGCGUCGGCGGAGGCGGGUUCUCUCCCCUCGCCGCCGCCGCCGCAGCAGCUGCUGCAGCUCCCGCCGCCGACGGAUUUCGGUUUACCGUUGCUUCCCCCCAUUCCGGGGGACACGAGCUACAGCCCCCCGGGAGGCGGAGGGGGUCAGGGGGUACCGCUGUGGAGGGCGGCCAGCGGACACUACCUGGUUAGACCCACCAUCAACGGGCAGGAGGGCGGGGGCUACUUCGUUGUGGAUACGGGGGCCAGCGGCUUCGUGUUGACACCGCAGGCCGCGGCUCGUCUGGGCGGGCAGUCCUUUGGCGAGACCCACGCAGCGUCCAUUUCCGGCAAGGUGGCAGCUCGCUUUGUACGGCUGGGCUCGUGGUCGCUCGGGGGUCUGUCCAUUCGUCAGCCCGUACUGAUGGUGAUGGCACUGGAGGGCCUUGUGCGGGGGGCUCCAGGGGAGGUGGUCGGCAUUGUGGGUCAUGACCUUUUCAGCCGCGAUGGGGUCGCGACGGCGACGGCGACGGCGCACAUCUCGAGCCGUUACGCAGGCAGCGGUGCAGCUGGUCCCGUACUAGGGCCGCCUCCGCCAGCGGCACGAUCGACGGCGGCCUUCGAGGAUCCCGUUGCGACGGCGGCGGCGGGGGCGGCCGGGUCCAGCGGUAGGGCGGCGGCAGCCGCUGAUGGCGGUGGUGGCGGCAAGGGUCACCCCAUCGCCAACCUGCCACACGUGCACCUCCGCUUCGCAGACCCCGGCGGCGGGGCCCCCCACGCGGCCCUCCUCAUGGUGGAUUCCGGAGCGUGUGGAGCGGACCUCAUGCUACACGCAAGAGCGCAGAAGGAGUUGGGGUUGAUGCAGAUGCCGCCUGCAGCGGCUCCAGGCGCCGGCGCUGGUGAUGGCGAUGUCGUCGUUGGCGGCGGCGGCAGUAGCAAUGGCUCCCGGUCCGAAGGACAUUACCUUCGGGGGGUCGGCCAGGAUCCUAAGGACUAUGUGCAACUGCAGGUACGACUUGUACGAAAAUAA